UUAUUAGUUUCCCAUGGAUUGAUUCUUCCUUUUGAUAUAUUGUCUGCAAUGUUCCAUGGCAGUGGGCCUAUUUUAUCCAGUAAUAUCAUUACUUGUUGAGUUCCUUGUUACUUAGUAUAGGUCCUAAUUGUAUGAAGAAUUUGAUAUCCAUUAUUUGGUAUUAAAUACCGACUUUUAUGCUACCUGUGUUAUGGUCUGUCUACAAAUAUCCUGUCUAUUUCACUGGAGGUAGUUUUGAGCCCACAGAAUCAAUUAAUCUGCCACUACAUAUUUAUGUAACUCACUUUUACUUACCUAGUGUAAUGCCUUCUAGUUCCUGGGUAACAUAAAAUAUGAAUUAGGUCAUGUAGAAUGGGUCGUACUGAUGGCAGUCGCUGCGGUGGUAAGCUGCUUAUGGACUUUUCUUAUAUAGGCACGGGUUACCACGGCCUUGCAUAUCAGUCUGAUGAGCCUAACACUGUAGAGGGUCAUUUGUUCAGAGCGUUGUCUCUGGCUAACGUUGCUUCUGAUGUUUUGAACAAUGGUUACGAACGCUGUGGUCGCACUGACCGUGAUGUCCAUGCACUUCACAACUAUGCCAGUUUCUUUCCUGAUCCUUGUCCACCAAAUAGUCCGUGUUCAACGGUAUCACCUGAUGAGCGUGGCGUGGGACCUUGUUAUCGCAUAAACACUUUUACUAAGGCCAUAAACAAGCAUCUUCCACGUGGCAUUCGUGUGAAUUGGGUGAAACAUGUUCCUGAUGACUUUAGUUCGAGGCGUAAUUGCACAUUCCGUGUUUAUAAAUACUUUUUCCAAUUGGGUUCUAUGGAUCUCUCAUUGAUUCAGGAUGCAUGUCGUCAUUUUCUAGGUCAGCACAACUUCAAUCAGUUUUGUAAAACUGACAAUCGCAAUCCCAAGGACAGCCAUGGUACUAUCUAUUCCUUUGAGGUAGAGCGUUACAACGAAUUGCUUUGUGUUGCUACUAUAUGCGGUCGUGCAUUUUUGUGGCACCAGGUUCGCUGCAUGAUGGGUGUUUUGUUCAAGGUUGGGGAGGGUAUCAUUCCCGGUUUGAAGGUCAAAUGGCUCCUGGAACACCCCGAAGGGGCCAAGUUCGAUUAUAAGAUGGCAAGUGCCCAUGGGCUUAUUUUGGUUGACUGUGGUUUUGAUUUGGCCACUUCCACGGUAUCAAGCGCUCGCAACAACGCCAUAUAUCAGCAAAUGCUGGAUGACACAAUUCAAACCUUGGGGCCACUAUCUCUUUUGGCUGGAGAACGUGGCCCAAGUAAAAUUACUUAACGCGUUACAUAGAUAUCAAGCAUCUUUUUGCUACAAGUUGGACUUCGGUGUUAUGUAAUAUAACGUCAUAAAUGAUUGAUGUGCCAGUAAAAUGGAUACAAUAACGCACCAACUAGCGGUACAUACGUGGUAUUAGGGAAUUUAGAAGACAACUAGGGCCUAUGCGAUGGAAAUUAGUCGAGGAAUCUGGUAACAUCCAUGGCUAUAAUGCUCCGUUG